CUUUCGACGAGCACAUAGCGAUCAUGGAAAAGAUCAUUGCUUUCAGAUUGUGAUUAUAUAUUAUUCAUUCCAAACAUCACCGUCCACCAUGGAUGAAAAACAUGGGAGAGAACAAAAAUUGGUAUUCUUCUUCUUCUUCUUCCUCCGGCGAGCACAUCGUGAUGCUGCCGUUAAUGACGCAAGGCCACCUGAUCCCCUUCCUCUCCCUCGCCAGACAAAUCAUCCGCCGCCGCGCCACCGCCACCGUCACCAUCGCCACCACCCCGAUCAACCUCGACUCCCUCCGUCGCAGCCUCUCCGACGAACCCGCCAACAUCCACAUCGCCGAGCUUCCCUUCCCCGCCGAUCUCCUCACCGACAACUCGACCAGCACGCCGGAGUCCCGCCUCAAGCUCUACCGCGCCUCCCUCGACCUCGAAUCCCCUGUUCGCGAUCUCCUCCGCCGGUUAACCCCGCGGUGCCUGAUCUCCGACGUGUUCCUCGGGUGGGCCACAGCAACGUCCGAGAGUCUAGGGAUUCAGAAUUUCACCUUCACGACGUGUGGCGCGUACGGAAGCUUGGGGUACAUGUCGGUGUGGAUGAAUCUGCCUCACCGGAAACAGAGGAUCGCCGAUGCCGACGGCGAGGAGUACUUUUCGAUUCCCGGGUUUCCUGAAAAUUACAGGUUCAGGAUGAGUCAGCUUCCCCAGAUCUUCGGAGACGCCGACGGGAAGGACCCUUGGUCGGAGUUCUUCCGGCCGCAGAUUGCGGGGUCCAUGGAGUCCGCCGGAUGGCUGUGCAACACGGUGGAGGAAUUCGAGGGCUCGGGUCUGGAGCUUCUCCGGAGAUUCGUGAACCGUCCGGUUUGGGCCGUCGGGCCUUUGGUCCCUCCAGUGGUAAAUGGGCCGAACGAGAUUGGUAACCUGUGCCGAGAGUGGCUGCAGGCCCACGGCCCAGGAACGGUGCUCUACAUCUGCUUCGGGUCCCAGAACAGCCCAACUCCGUCCCAAAUGAUCCAGCUCGCCACCGCGCUGGAACAAAUCUCGGUCCCUUUCGUUUGGGCCGGGCGGGGCUUUGAGGAGGGAUUCGCGGGCCGGGUGUCCGAGUCCGGGAAGGGAAUUCUGAUCCACGAAUGGGCCCCGCAGAUGGAGAUUCUCUCCCACGCGUCGACGGGCGCGUUUCUCAGCCACUGCGGGUGGAACUCUGUUCUGGAGAGCUUGAGCCAGGGGGUUCCCAUCGUGGCGUGGCCGCUGGCGGCGGAGCAAGGGUUCAACGCGAAGAUGCUGGUGGAGGAGAUGGGAGUGGCGGUGGAUCUGGCGGGGUUUGAGACGGCGGAGGUGAAGAGGGCGGUGGAGAAGGCGAUGGGGGCGGAGAUGAGGAGGAAGGCGGCGGCGGUUGCGGAGGGUUUGAGGAUGGCGGUGAGAGAUGAUGACGGUGAGGAUGAGAAGGGUUCUUCGGUGAGGAGUAUUGAUGAGUUUCUCGGUACUGUUUUGAGGAAAGCCAAUUGUUGAUAGAAAUGCGUUUCCGAACAAACCGGCGUGACACCAUUAGUAUUGACCGGCAUGGUUGUCACGGUCGUACCAGGUUCAACCGGUACCGAUCGUAAAACCGGCAUGACACUACUAGUAUAACUGGCAUGAUCGAUAUACAAAUCUCUAAGUAAAAUGAUCUUAUUUUAACGAAUUGAAUUAAUAAAAAUUAUUUUAUUAUUUAUUUUAUGAGUAUAAAAGUUAAAUAUUGAUGUUAUUUGUUGGAUUCAAGUAUAAAUGUUAAGGUAUUAA